UCCGGCUCGGGGGGGGCAGUCGGUGGGGCCGGGCCGGGCCGGGCCGGGGGCCCUGAGGCGGCGGCGGCGGCGGCGGCGAUGUUCGUGCAGGAGGAGAAGAUCUUCGCGGCGAAGGUGCUGCGGCUGCGCAUCUGCGCCCUGGACGGCGCCGAGUGGCUGGAGGAGGUGGCCGAGGACACGGCCAUCGAGCGCCUCAAGGAGCGCUGCCUCAAGCACUGCGUGCCAGGCAGCCUUGAAGACCCGAAAAGCGUGACGCACCACAAACUCAUCCACGCUGCUUCGGAGAAGGUGCUGAAUGACACCAAGACUGUCUCGGAGGAAAACAUUCAGGAUCGAGUCUUCCAGGCGGUGGCGGCCUUAAUGGAGAUGGGCUUUGAUGAGAAAGAAGUGGUGGACGCCCUCAGGGUUAACAACAACCAGCAAAACGCCGCAUGCGAGUGGCUGCUGGGCGAGCGGAAGCCGACCCCAGAAGAUUUAGACAAAGGGAUUGACCCUGCCAGUCCCCUUUUCCAAGCCAUCUUAGAAAACCCCGUGGUGCAACUGGGGCUGACAAACCCUAAAACUCUACUCGCUUUUGAAGACAUGCUUGAGAACCCCUUGAACAGCACGCAGUGGAUGAACGACCCUGAAACCGGGCCGGUUAUGUUACAGAUCUCCCGGAUCUUCCAGACGUUGAAUCGCACCUAGAGGGCUCCGGCUAUCUCCGCUGCGCCAUGUUGGGUUUUCCGCUUUGCUCCCACCCCGGAAGGAAGCCGAGGAGCUUUGGGAAGGCGGCGCCCGAAGUGUGUUUUCUUUUUGCCUUUUGAGUCUUUGGGUUGACGUGUUAACGGACUUUCGGUUUGGUCCCACUUCCGGCUUCUGCCCCGUGCCGUUUUUCUCUCUUUUAGAUGUAGUAGGAGACAGUGGGAUGAGAACAACGUCCCCUUUCCUUUCGAGUGUUUCUAUUUUUGAUUUUUAAAAAAAAGAAAAGAAAGAGAAUGAGAAAAUGAUCCAUCGUCGUAAACCGGCGUUUGCCAAUUGGGAAUCCAACCACUGGAAAAAAAUAAAAGACGGCUUCCUCCGUACGCGCAGAGCUCCAGGAAUGGCACGGGGUUCGUUUUUGCACGCAAGCUCUUCUUUCUCGGGACGUUUGGUUUCUCCUCUUAAGUUAUUUCUGUUGUAAAAUACAGAAGGGUUUUUAAACUGA